UCCGCUUCCUGCGGGGCGCGGAGCGAUCGCUGCCCGCCCGCCGCGUCUCGUCGCCGGGUAACGCGCGGCCCCUCGGCCCGGUCCCGGCCCCCAUGGGCAGCCCCGCUCCCCGCACCAGCGACUGGUACCGCACCAGCCCCGGCUUGCCCCCCCGUUUCCAGCAGCCCGCCUGCUUCCGCGGAUACGGGAAGCCGGAGCCUCACCCCCGGUACCGCACCACCAACCAGGCCUACGGCAGCAAAGCCCCCACGGUGCAUGAGGUGCCGACCUCCUUCCACGUCACCUCGCACGCCUUUUCCACUAAUCUGGCACAAUGUGGCACGUACAGAAAUAACGGGCUCAACACCUCACUGGAGAAGAGCCACGUCACCGGCCCGGGCAACUUCAUCACCGCCUCUGACCACCUCAACUUCCAUCCCAGCUACAACCCCAACGCCCCGUCGUGCUGUUAGAUCUGCAGCGGUAGCAAUGCCAGCGUGGAGCUGCUUCAGUUCACUGCUGGCUGCCUAGAUGAAAACCAAAAAAAAAAAACCAACCCAAAACUAAAAAACCACGAGCAAGCAAACAGCAGCACUGACCUUAUCCUAAAUCUCUUGCUAAGCCUUGUCUGAAAGCAGGACAGGAGGCACUACACCAUUGCAGUGUGGCCUGUAACCUCGUUUGGCAGCUAUUUCAUCACAAAUAAAGCAGGUUUCUAUUUCUAUGUGCCAUCAAGUUGGGAUGGGGGACUCUCAUUAGAGCCCUUGGCUACAGGUCACCUCUCCUGAGCGCGGACCUGGGACGUCACAGUUGUUAUCACUGAGGAGAGUAAAACUCUGGGGACCGUCAGGAAAAUAAUUCAUGUGGCACAAUAUGCAGCAGCUGAUGAACACGCAUGCUUCGCAGCAUUAACUCUGUAAGUCAGGAGUUAAUGAGGAUUUUUCUCCUGAACACAGGAAAAAGAAAAAUCUUUCAACUUGGCAAUGUGAGACUUGCUAUUACAAUGUGAUGAAUAGCUACAAAAUGAGCAGGUUAAAGGUAGCAGUACAUUUCUAAAAAUAACCCCCCCAACCCCAACCAUACAACAGUUUAACAGGACUGCUACCUAGUUAAGGUCACAAAUUUAGCUUUGGGAGAAAAGCAGUUUAGAUCUGUGUUAUCAAAACUGAGUUCAGUAAUUUAUUGGGAAAAACACAGCCACUUUGGUACUAGAUGAAAAUCAUUCAUUUACAGACUGAAUGCUGCUAGCAAUAAUAUCUUAAUUUAUAGAGAUUGAAUGUGAUUAGACAUCAGUUAAAUAGCUCAUAUGAACCAUUUAAUUUAUAGGCAGCAUAUAGUCACAAAUAAAAGAACAAUAUACACUACAUAUAUAUAUGUAUUCCCUUAACCUUUUCUCUGUUACUAAUGGUGCUUUACACUCUUGGCUCCUGCACCACGUAUCAUUAAAAUUUAAGAUCUUGAAAUUGUUUCUGUACUAUUUAAUGAAACACCAAACUGCAUGUUUUCCAGAGGUAUUCAUUAAGCCUUUGGAUCUCUCGUAGAAAGCUUGUUCAUCUUUCUUACCUCCCAAAGCUGCUGUUUUAAGAUUAUUCAAAUAAAGACAACUAAUAAAAA